GCAGCGAUGAAUCUGAAGAAGCAAAGUACGUGGGCGGAUUGCUCCACAAAACCGGAGAGACCUUUGAGUGGCCCAUUGAUCAGGGGAACCAAUCCAAGGGCAGCCUCGGGCAUCCUGAAGUUUGCGGCCGUUUUUGCAUCCGUUUCUUCUAUGGCAAUUGCCGGCAAGGGCAGAAUUGUGAGUUUUGCCACCUAACGCAUCGUGAGCCGAAAGUGAAGAUGGACAAGGCACAGCGGCAACUGAUUGAAAUGCUGGGAGAGGCAGAGGUUCUUGCGCUUGUGUUGCCACACAUUGAGAGGAGGUGCGAAAGGAAUGGCUUGAACCAACGGAUGGUUUUCGUGAUUGACAUGCUUCGACGGCGCUUCCAAUCAUUGCCUGUCCCCAACAAUCCCAACCGUGUUCUGCACGCUCGAGCGGUGAUUCCAGUCUUGCGCAAGUUCACAGUCGCGCGCCUUCUGGAGCCAAGUUGUGAACUUGGGCGGACUUGGGCAGAGCAACUGCGACGUCCCGAUAUGGAGCUCAUCCGACAGAGUCCAGCAGUUCCAUCAGGAUUCAAGGAGGACCUGAAGCAACUUGUGCCUUGGCUGAUGACGCAAGGGUCAGGGUUUCAGAGUGAGCUGCAGAAGGGUUUCGUGGAAUCCAUGGAGCAGCGCGGCGGGUGGAUCGAUCCCUUGGCCGCUGAGAAAACUGCUGGGAACUGCU